CCGUGUGUCCUUUGACUUUUGGCCGUCGCGACCAUGGCGCAGCGACUGCGGCGCUUGGCGAUGGCCCUUGGCUUCUUCCUGCACUCUUCUGUCGUAAGCGUCGCGGGGCAGCCCCAGUACCGCGUGGAGAGCGCGGAUAUGCUGCCAUCGAGCAGUCUCGUGACCUUUCCGUUCCUUCCGGCCGCGCUGCUCCAGGGCGAGACGCUCUCGAAUCUCUCGCUUCGCGCGCACGCGCCGCUGUCGAUGGCACUCAACGUCAGCACCCACGUCGACGCGAACGCGACCUUCCGCAUGACCCCGAGCGUCGUCAACUGCUCGAGUGUCACGACCCAGACCUUUGCGCUGCGCGUCGACGCUAGUAGCAAUACCACUGGCAACUACACGCUGACGUUCUAUGACGUGGCGACGGCAUCGGUGCUCUACACCACUUACAUGUUGGUGGUGCCACCGCCGUUUGUCGCGUCCGUGACGGCGCCGAGCUGGACGGGCAACGCGAUCUGGAACGACUCGUUCGACGCUCAGCCGUGGGGCGCCGUCCCGAACGCAUCGACAUCGAUUUGGGCCAACAUUUCGCAAGGGUUUGUGAGCGACACGUGCACGCCGGGUGGAAAAGCUCUGUACUUUACACAUCUCUUCGCACGGUAUGCUGCCACGUCACCGAUCGACGUGCUCGGAUUUGACUUGCAGCUCGCGUUUACGUACGUCUACGGUUUUCUGCCCAAUCAGACGUACGACAGCGUCGGCAACAACACAUUGUCCUGCGUGCAAACCAACCCGAACUCGCCUUUCAACGUCGAGUACCGUGCCGCCAACGACACGGCGUGGCAUGUGAUCACCGUGGUGCCGGUGCCACCGACGCCGACACCGGCGCGUCAGACAGUCCGCUUGUCACUGCCACCGACUGCGAGCUCGAAUGCGUCGUCGUUUCGGUGGAUUCAAGCCAACCAGACAAGCGGUCGUCUCGGCUCCAUCCGCGGCACGCGGUACCAAUGGCAGUACCGCAAUCUUUUCGACCAGUGGGCGAUUGACGACGUGGUUUUACGCGGGCGCGUGCAGGCACCAUUGGCGACGACGCCGGCGCAAGUCGGCGUCGAUGCGAUAUCGGUGCAGCUGCAAGCCAACGCGACCGACAGUGUCAUUCUCACGACCAUCGGCGACGGCUCGCACGCGUUCCCUGUCUGCGACUUUACGGCCUUGCCGCUAUCGACCACGACCGUCGUCUUGACGACGACCAGCAUCAUCCACGCGGUGACAUGCGUCCGUCCGAACCAACAGAGCUACGGGUACCGGUCUCCACGGUAUGUCGUGCAGGCGUUGCCGCCGAUCCUCGUGAGCACGAAAGCCACCGAUGCGAUGGGCUACUACACCGUGCAAGCGACGAUGCCCCGACCGAAUAUGACGCUGCGCUUUACGUUUGGCAACGGCUCGGACGUGCCGAGUUGCACGUUCGGCCAUGCGAUCGUGUUGACGGCCAAUGCGACGACGACGUCAAUGGUCCUCAAGAGCAACGGCGUCCUCCAAGCAGUCGCUUGCAUGCGUGGUCUCGUCGGCAGCACGGUUGUCCGACCGCCGGCAUUUGUCGUCCAGCCGCCGCCACCGACACUCGCGUGGGUCCAUGCCACGAGCAUUUCAGAGUCGGCACUCUUUCCCGUCACGAUGACGACGACGAGCACCGAUGCGAGCCUCGUCGUCGUCGUCGUCGACGCCAACGACACGACGACGCGUCCGUCGUGUCCGCUGACCGUUGCGCAUGCAACCAAUGCCACAUCGGUGACGCUACGACCUGGCCAACUCGUGCGCGCCGUGAGCUGCUGCGUCACCACCGUGUGCAAUGACAGCGCCACGUCCGUGCUGGGGCCGGUUGUCGCGAGUGCUGCGCCGCCGACGUUCACAUCGCAGUGCUCGACGACCGCCAUGGUCACGAGCGUCGUGACGCUGACGCCGGGGACGACGACGGGCGUCAUCAAGUACGCCGUCAACUCGGAAGCCGUCGACUGCACCAGUCGUGGGACAUUGUACAACGGCCCGUUUCCGGUUGCCAAGCCCGCGGGGGGCGCGGCCGUCGUUGUGACCGCCAUCACGUGUGUGCCUGGGCUCCUGCCCAGCACGGCGCUGGUCGUCACCGUGCCGGUGGCGAACUGCUGCGCCAACGCGAUCUGGUUUCCGUCGGCGGACCCGACGCUCGACUGCAGUAGCAUGACCCUCUUCCGAGACGAUUUCGUCAACUGCAAUCUCUCCCAGUGGACCCCCGCGACCACACAGUUUGGUGGCGCCACAAUCAACGGCGGCGUCCACGCCAGCAACGUCCAGUGCGCUUUUGACGCAACGCUGAACCGGUCCGUGCUCGUGCUCUCAGCCCAUGGCGAUGCGUACACAGGGACAAGUCCCGAGGGUGUCACCGUUGCAGCCAACGGAUCUGUCGUGCCACGACUGGCAACGGCGCUUUUCAGCGGGUGGGCCUUGCCGGGCUCGCCACCCUUCUUUCCAUGCAACCCUCGGGUUGAACCCUGCGCGUCCAAGCGAGUUGGCGCCAGCGUCUCGACAACUGCGCAAUGGAAUGCCGGCAUCGCGAGCUUUCUCGUGCAACCGUGCACGGCGUUUGGCACGAGCUCGGACGCGUGGUUGCGCAACGUAAGCGACAUCGUUGUCGACGUCGACGCGUCAUACGUGGCGUACGCGGACCUCUGGCGCGCGAGCUUGGGCCAAGAACGGUCGCCCCCACCGUUCCCACAUGCUGUCUUUUCGCAUCUCCGAACCGACACCGCGUACCAUCGCGUGUUUCUUCAGUUUAACGCGACCGAGGGGCGCGCAAACUUGUACCGCGACGGCCAACUCGUCGGCAAAACGCGCCGUCUUCCCGUGACAACGAAUCCGUCGGCGCUCACACUGAACCUCUGGUUCCCGAACGCGUGGGCGGGACUACCGCAGUUUGAAUCGUGCACGACCAACGUCGCAGACGUUCAAGUCGUACAACUCGAGGCGGCCGCCAACCGAUGGUGCGAGUUUGAGCAAGCGACGGUGGCUUGCUCGUCGGAUGCCGAAUGUCUUGGGUGGACAUCGAUGCACUGUCUCAUGCCACUCGCAGUGGCCGUGUGCCGUGACCGGCAGUGCCGCUUUCAGAUGGACGCGACGUUUGGGGCGGCGGCCAUCAAGGCUGGCAAUCUCUUCCUAACCACCGUGUAAAGCAAAGGUUGGCAUUGCAAUACAAUAUGUCUGAUGCAAG